AUGGAUGAAUUUGAUGAAGAUAUUGAACUUAUGCGAGAUAGUAUCAUUUCUAUUGAAAGUUCAUCGUGGAAUAUCAUCACAGAUGAUGAAAGAGCUAUACUAAGCGGACUUUUAGAGUUAGGAUGCAUUAAUGAAACAAUGCUACCGUGGAACAGUGGUCGACCACUUCUGAUUAAAAUUUUUUGGAUAACUAGGGCUCAGAAUGUUACUCAACUUCUCGGCUUUGAAGUCUUGCGAGAAACUUAA